AUGUUCUGCUGCCUUCAGGUGCUCCUCCUAAAUUACUGGGGACUGGUUCUGUUCAAGUUCCUCAAUGAAAGUAGUGUUUGCUUUAUAUUUUCACUGUUUUGGUAUCACGACUGUUUAACACUGAAUUGCAUAGACUACUUUAGUUGUAGCUCCAACUCUUUUAAAUUACUAACUUUAAAAAGUAAUUAAAACACUUCCAGUUUGAGCUGAAGCUAUUUGAGCAAUACCUCACAUUUUGAUAAAAGCAAAAUCACCUCUUUAGAGUCACAUAAAGAGUAAAACCGACUGUGUGUUUGUUUGUUCCGAUAUUUCAAGUUGUACUUGGAGGCAGCACCUCAGUCAGUCGGGUACACCUGAUCUGAGUGAGAAUAAUUCAGAUGCGCCGUCAAAUUGAGACUGUGCGGCCGCAUGAACUAACAUAAGUGAGAACAACUCGUUCCGUUUCAUGAGAUGGCAGCUAGCAGCUCCAGUUUCAUAUCGGACCUGUCUGAAUGGAGACUCUAAAAAGUUCGUUAUGGCCAUGGAGAGCAGUUUGUGGAAUACCUGUGACUACAGCCACAAUGUCACUUUCUUCUAUAACUUGGUGGGCAAAAAGGUCAGUGUUGUGUGGACGGCACGGGACUUUCUGGUGAUCGGACUUGGCUUGACGGUAUGUCUCAUAGUGGUCCUGGCCAACCUGAUGGUGAUGGUGGCCAUCUUCAUGAACCACCGCUUCCACUACCCCAUCUACUAUCUCCUGGGCAACAUGGCUGCAGCAGACCUGUUUGCAGGUAUCGCCUACACCAACCUGAUGUUGAACACGGGCCCCUGGACCAGCAUGCUCACCAAGGAGCAGUGGUACAUCCGCGGGGCUUUGAUUGACAUCACCCUGACAGCCUCUGUGGCCAACCUGCUGGCUGUCGCCGUGGAGCGCCACCAGACCAUCAUCACCAUGCAACUGCACAGCAACAUGACCAAGCGGCGCGUGGUGCUGCUGAUAGUCUGCAUCUGGGCCGUGGCCAUCAUCAUGGGCCUGGUGCCCUCAACGAUUUGGAACUGCGAGUGUGAUCUGGGUGACUGCUCCACCAUCGCUCCCCUCUAUAGUCGCCGCUUCCUCAUCUUCUGGGCAGUUCUCAACCUGCUUACUUUCUUUAUCAUGGUGGCUAUGUACACUCGUAUCUUCAUAUAUGUGAGAUACCACAGCCAGUACACCUCGGAGAUGUGGCACAACCAGACUGUUGUCAACCUCAUGAAAACUAUUUCCAUGGUUCUGGGCGCCUUUGUAAUCUGCUGGACGCCCGGCCUCAUGACUCUCUUACUGGACGGGCUGUUGGGUAAAGCCAGCCACGCCAACGUCUUUGAGAAGUUCUGUUUGGUGAUAGCAGAGUGCAACUCUCUGGUCAAUCCUAUCAUCUAUUCCCUGCGAGACAAAGAGAUGCGGAGGACGUUCAAGUGGAUCCUGUGCUGCCUGUGUCAGAGAAGUGCUGACCAUCAGAGGGAGCUGUCACAUGUCGAGAUUGCCUUACCACCAGAGGAAACUCUUGGCUGUGUCCAGAAGUCAGAAGAUCCGACCGUCUGUCCGGAAACAAACAAUAAAGCAGACAGUUGGACAAUGCGGGGGGUAUAAUGGCUGCAGGCCUGCAAUUUAAAAAAAUAAAAUAAAAAAUCUUGACUUUUACUGUCAUCUAACCAGCA